GCGCAAGCGUUGGGGGCGGGGCCAGAGUCCUGCGAGCCGCGGGAGCGCCCCGGUCGUACGGGGGCUUGCGGUGCCAUGAUCCGGAACGGGCACGGGGAGGUCGGCGCUGCCGGGCGGAGGGUCCCGGCGGGCCAGCGCGCCGUGCGGGUGUGGUGCGACGGCUGCUAUGACAUGGUACAUUAUGGUCACUCGAAUCAGCUGCGCCAGGCACGGGCCAUGGGGGACUACCUCAUCGUGGGUGUGCAUACCGAUGAGGAGAUUGCCAAGCAUAAGGGCCCCCCCGUGUUUACCCAGGAGGAGAGGUACAAGAUGGUACAGGCCAUCAAGUGGGUGGAUGAAGUGGUGCCCGCCGCUCCCUAUGUCACCACCCUGGAGACACUGGACAAGUUCAACUGUGACUUCUGUGUUCACGGCAAUGACAUCACGUUGACGGUAGAUGGCCGAGACACCUAUGAGGAGGUGAAGCAGGCUGGGAGGUACAGAGAGUGCAAACGCACGCAGGGUGUGUCCACCACAGACCUCGUGGGCCGCAUGCUGCUGGUGACCAAGGCCCACCACAGCAGUCAGGAGAUGUCCUCCGAGUACCGGGAAUAUGCUGACAGCUUUGGCAAGCCCCCUCACCCGACACCUGCCGGGGACACACUUUCCUCAGAAGUCUCCUCCCAGUGCCCUGGGGGGCAGAGUCCCUGGACAGGGGUGUCCCAGUUUCUGCAGACAUCCCAGAAGAUCAUCCAGUUUGCUUCUGGGAAGGAGCCCCAGCCUGGGGAGACAGUCAUCUACGUGGCCGGUGCCUUUGACCUGUUCCACAUCGGGCACGUGGACUUCCUGGAGGAGGUGCACAAGCUGGCCAAGAGGCCCUACAUCAUCGCCGGCCUGCACUUUGACCAGGAAGUAAACCGAUACAAGGGCAAGAACUACCCCAUCAUGAACCUGCAUGAGCGGACUCUGAGCGUGCUGGCCUGCCGGUAUGUUUCAGAAGUGGUGAUUGGGGCACCGUACUCGGUCACAGCGGAGCUCCUGAGUCACUUCAAGGUGGACCUAGUAUGCCAUGGGAAGACAGAAAUUGUGCCGGACAGGGAUGGCUCUGACCCCUACCAGGAGCCCAAGAGAAGAGGAAUCUUCCGUCAGAUCGACAGUGGCAGCGACCUCACCACAGACCUGAUUGUGCAGAGGAUCAUCAAGAACAGGUUGGAGUACGAAGCACGGAAUCAGAAGAAGGAAGCCAAGGAAUUGGCCUUUCUGGAGGCCAGGAGGCAGCAGGAGGCACAGCCUGCAGGGGAGACUGACUGACUUCUGACCUGGAGGAUGUCACUCACGCCCUUGCUCUGUGCCCAUCUCUUCUCUCCCUACCCUGCUCUGCUUCUGUGUCCUGGUGUCAGCUCACAUAAUUCCAAAGGAAGCUGGCCUUGCUGGAGGGUGCUGUUCUACCGCCUGUGAGGCACCCACCGCCCACCUUGCCACAGGCUCAGUCCUUUGCACUGAGCUGCCCAGAGAGGGUGGCCAGCACAGUGAAGCAGCCCAACGGACAGGAGACUGGAGGAGUGUUGCUGUGUGUCCUUAGCGUCCACAGUUCCGACUGCCACUGCCCCAGUCUUGGCUGGGGACGCCCCUCCUGCCUGACUGGAAGCUGCAAUCUGCCAGCCCAGCUUUGAUGAGAGGUACAGAGGGGGAUGACUUUGGGGACCUCUUGUCCCGGGUCACCCUGCAAGUGGUCACCCUCUACUUUGGGGCACGUUCUAGCACCCCAUCCCUGA